AUGGCGCCUCUACCUAUCAAGUUCACUGAGCUGCUACAGCUCACAUCGCUCAACAUUGACCCCAAAUCAUUUGGUUUCAACUCUUGUACAUUAGAAUCGGAUCACUAUGUCUGCGUCUGCGACUCUGCCUCGGGAGAGGUUGUUAUUGUCAACCUCAAGAACAACAACAGUGUCGUCCGCCGCCCUAUCAAGGCUGACAACGCCAUCAUGCACUGGAACAAGGACAUCAUCGCCCUACGUGCCCAGCAGCGCACUCUCCAAAUCUUCGAUCUCGGCGCAAAGGCAAAGCUCAAGUCGGCCACCAUGAACGAGGACGUCGUCUUCUGGAAGUGGUACAGCGACAAGAGCUUGGGUCUGGUCACAGAGACUAGCGUCUACCACUGGGACAUCUUCGACCCCAGCCAGGCUGCUCCCGUCAAGAUGUUCGACCGCAAUGCCAACUUGGGUUCCCAGAUCAUCAACUACAGAGUCAGCGAUGACGAGAAGUGGAUGGUUGUCGUCUCCAUCUCGUCGCAACAAGGUCGCGUCGUCGGAAACAUGCAGCUCUACUCGCGCGACCGUGGCAUUAGUCAGGCCAUCGAGGGUCACGCCGCUGCUUUCGGUACUAUCCGCUUGGAGGGCGCUCCCGCAGACACAAAGGUCUUCACCUUCUGCAACCGUACCGCUGCAGGCGCAAAGCUUCACGUUGUCGAGAUCGACCACCAGCAAAACAACCCCGUCUUCGCUAAGAAAGCCGUCGAUGUCUACUUCCCGCAAGAAGCCGCCAACGACUUCCCUGUCUCGAUGCAGGUUUCGGAGAAGUACAAGGUCAUUUAUUUGGUAACCAAGUACGGUUUCAUCCACCUUUACGACCUGGAGACCGGCACUGUCAUCUUCAUGAACCGCAUCUCGAGCGAGACUGUCUUCACCACAUGUCCUGAUGGCGAGUCUUCUGGUAUUGUCGGUAUUAACCGCAAGGGUCAAGUCCUGUCCGUCAGCCUUGACGAGAACACCGUUAUUCCUUACCUUUUGCAGAGUCCCGAGAACGCCGAACUCGCCUACAAGCUAGCCUCCCGCGGCGGUCUCCCCGGUGCCGACCAGCUCUACCAGCAGCGUUUCGAACAGCUCUUGUCUUCCGGUCAAUACGCCGACGCCGCAAAGACUGCUGCCAACUCUCCCAACGGUUUCCUUCGCACAUCUCAAACCAUCGAGCGCUUCAAGGCACUGCAGGCUCAACCUGGACAACUUUCUGUCAUCCUUCAAUAUUUCGGUAUGCUGCUUGACAAGGGCAAGCUCAACGAGCACGAAACUAUCGAGUUGGCCAGACCCGUUCUGCAGCAGAACCGCAAGCACCUUCUUGAAAAAUGGAUGAGCGAGGGCAAGCUAGGAUGCUCCGAGAGCCUUGGUGACAUGGUCCGUCUGCAUGACCUCAACCUGGCCAUGCAGAUCUACAAGGAAGCUGGAUCCUCCCAAAAGGUUAUCGCCGCGAUGGCCGAGUCCGGCAACUUUGAGCAAAUCAUCCCAUACUCCAAGGAGACCGGAUACGCACCGGACUUCAACAAUCUUCUUCAACACAUCGUCAGAGUCAACCCUCAAAAGGGUGCAGAGUUUGCUACCGCUCUGGCCAAGGAGGAUGCCAACCUCAUCGACACUUCUCGCGUCCUCGACGUCUUCAUGGCCCAGGGUAUGAUCCAAGAGGCUACAGCAUUCGGCCUUGAUGUACUGUCGGCAAACAGAGAAGAAGAUGGUCCCCUGCAGACACGUCUGAUUGAGUUGAACCUUAUGAAUGCUCCUCAAGUUGCGGACGCCAUCCUCGGAAACGAGAUGUUCACGCAUUACGAUCGUCCUCGCAUUGCCACUCUCUGUGAGCAGGCUGGCUUGUACACAAGAGCUCUGGAACACUAUGAGGAUCCUGCUGCCAUCAAGCGUGUCAUUGUCCAGUCUGACAAGAUUCCUGAGGAGUUCUUGAUCAACUUCUUUGGCAAACUCACUCUUGAGCUGUCAAUGGAGUGCUUGGAUGAGAUGUUGAAGGUCAACAUUCGCCAGAAUCUCGCCGCUGUCAUAAACAUCUCGAAGAAGUACUCUGACCUGUUUGGUCCCCACCGCAUCAUUGCUCUGCUCGAGAAGUACAGAACUGCCGAGGGUCUCUACUACUAUCUCGGCGGUAUCGUCAAUUUGAGCGAGGAUGAGGAGGUCACUUUCAAGUACAUCGAAGCUGCUACCACGAUGAACCAGAUUCAAGAAGUCGAGCGUGUGUGCAGGGAGUCUAACUUUUAUAACGCCGAGAAAGUUCGCAACUUCCUCAAGGAGGCCAAGCUGACUGAGCAACUUCCUCUGAUCAUUGUCUGCGACCGUUUCAACUUCGUCCACGACCUAGUUUUGUACCUUUACAAGAACCAGCACUUCAAGUCGAUCGAGGUCUACGUUCAGCGUGUCAACCCUGGCAGAACUCCCGGGGUCAUUGGUGGUCUACUUGAUGUUGACUGUGAUGAGAACAUCAUCAAGAACUUGUUGUCUUCGGUCGACUCAAGCGCCGUCCCUAUCGAUGAGCUCGUUAAGGAAGUGGAGAGCAGAAACCGCCUGAAGCUUCUGCUGCCUUUCCUAGAGGCUACCCUCCAGGCUGGCAACCAGCAGCAAGCCGUCUACAACGCCCUUGCCAAAAUUUACAUCGACAGCAACAACGAUCCUGAGAAGUUCCUUAAGGAGAACGACAUGUACGACACAUUGAGCGUUGGUAAAUACUGUGAGAAGCGCGACCCCAACCUCGCCUACAUCGCCUACCGCAAGGGCCAGAACGACCUCGAACUUAUCGCAAUCACCAACGACAACGCUAUGUUCAGAGCCCAGGCUCGUUACCUGCUCGAGCGUGAGGACCUGGAGAUCUGGAACUACGUCCUUAGCUCGAACAACAUUCAUCGCCGUUCCCUCGUCGACCAGGUCAUCGCUACCGCCGUCCCUGAGUCGCAAGACCCCGAGCGUGUUUCUAUCGCCGUCAAGGCGUUCAUCGACGCCGACAUGCCUACUGAGCUGAUCGAGCUCCUUGAGAAGAUCAUUCUCGAGCCAUCUGCCUUCAGCGACAACGCUAACCUGCAGAACCUGCUUAUGCUCACUGCUUGCAAGUCUGACCGCGCUCGUGUUGCCAACUACAUCCAGAACCUCUCCGAGUACAGCCCCGAGGACAUCGCCACUCAAUGUAUUGAGGUUGGUAUGUACGAGGAGGCAUUUGAGAUCUACAAGAAGCACGGUAACCACACUGCUGCCACUGAUGUUCUUGUUGACCAUGUUGUCUCCAUCGAUCGUGCACAAGACUACGCAGACCAGGUCGAUACCCCCGAGGUUUGGAGCAAGGUUGCCAAGGCUCAGCUUGACGGUCUUCGUGUCAGCGACUCGGUUGAGUCGUACAUCCGCGCUCAGGAUCCUUCCAACUACAACGAGGUCAUUGAGAUUGCUACUCACGCUGGCAAGGACGAGGAGCUCAUCAAGUUCCUCCGUAUGGCACGCAAGACUCUUCGCGAGGUUCCUAUCGACACUGCUCUCGCCUUCUGCUUCGCUCGUACCAACCAGCACAACGAGUUGGAGGACUUCCUUCGCUCGUCCAACGUUGCCGAUGUUGAGGCUUCCGGUGACAAGGCAUACGAGGAGGGCUUCCACGAGGCUGCCAAGAUCUUCUUCAGCAGUAUCUCGAACUGGGCCAAGCUUGCCACCACUCUUGUUCAUCUUGAGGACUACCAAGCUGCUGUCGAGUGUGCUCGCAAGGCCAACAGCGUCAAGGUCUGGAAGCAGGUCAACGAGGCCUGUGUUGCCAAGAAGGAGUUCCGUCUCGCUCAGAUUUGCGGUCUCAACUUGAUCGUUCACGCCGAAGAGCUCCAGGAUCUCGUCAAGCAAUACGAAUACAACGGCUACUUCGAUGAGCUCAUCUCACUCUUGGAGGCUGGUCUUGGUCUCGAGCGCGCUCACAUGGGUAUGUUCACGGAGCUGGGUAUUGCCCUCUCCAAGUACCACCCUGAGCGUGUUAUGGAGCACCUCCGCAUCUUCUGGGGCCGUAUCAACAUCCCCAAGAUGAUUCGUGCUUGCGAGGAGGCUCACUUGUGGCCCGAGCUUGUCUUCCUUUACGCUCAUUACGAUGAGUGGGACAAUGCUGCUCUUGCUAUGAUGGAGCGUUCUGCCGAUGCUUGGGAGCACCACUCUUUCAAGGACACCGUUGUCAAGGUUGCCAACUUGGAGAUCUACUACAAGGCUCUCAACUUCUACCUCCAGGAGCAACCUUCUCUCCUCACCGACCUUCUCCAAUCAUUGACACCUCGCAUUGACGUCAACCGCGUUGUGCGCAUGUUCGAGAAGUCCGACAACAUCCCUCUUAUCAAGCCUUUCCUUCUCAACGUUCAGUCGCAGAACAAGCGUGCUGUUAACGAUGCUAUCAACGACUUGCUCAUCGAGGAAGAGGACUACAAGACUCUUCGUGACUCUGUUGAGAACUACGACAACUACGAGGCCGUUGCUCUUGCCCAACGUCUUGAGAAGCACGACUUGGUCUUCUUCAGACAGAUCGCUGCCAACAUCUACCGCAAGACCAAGAGAUGGGACAAAUCAAUUGCCCUUUCCAAGCAAGAUAAGCUCUUCAAGGAUGCUAUUGAGACUGCCGCCAUGUCCAACAAGGGCGAAGUUGUUGAGGAGCUUCUCCGCUACUUUGUCGACAUUGGCAGCCGUGAGUGUUUCGUUGGUAUGCUUUACGCUUGUUACGACCUCAUUCCCCUUCACGUUGUCAUGGAGCUCUCAUGGCGUCACGGAUUGACCGACUUCACAAUGCCCUUUAUGAUCAACUACAUGUCACAGCAAGCUAUGGCCAUUGAUCAGCUCAAGAAGGACAACGAAGAGCGCAAGUCGAAGGAGACAAGCCAGAAGACCGAGGAGGACAACACACCCAUUUUGGGAGGAUCACGACUGAUGCUGACUCAGGGCCCGGUUGCAAGCGCGCCGAGCCCGGCACCUUACGCCAACGGCGUGAUGGCUCAGCCUACUGGAUUCCAACCCACCGGAUUCGGAGGCUUCAGAUAA